CUGGGGGCAGCUGAAGGGCAGGGGAAAUGCAGCACUAGAAACCCUGAGCUCCCUGCGUGUGUCCCUGUGACUUUAGCCCGGGCGUCUCACCUCAGUGUCUGCUCCUAGGUGACAUGCUGAAAAUGGGGUUACCCGGAUGCUGGAGGUUUUACCGUGGGAAACUCUAUUACUUUUCACAAGGAAAAAAGUCGUGGGACGAGGCCGAGCAGUUCUGUGUGUCUUGGAACUUACACCUGACCUCUGUCUCCUCCCAGGCGGAACAGGAGUUUCUCUCCAAGGAGACCAAGGGAGAAGCUCACUGGAUUGGACUCACCGACCGGGAGACAGAAGGCAGCUGGCGCUGGGUGGAUGGCACAGAAUACAGAGCAGGCGCAAGCAGGGGGUUCUGGGUGGAGAAUGAGCCAAACAAUUACGAUCCGGACAGAGGUGUUGGAGAAGACUGUGUUCAGACCUACCCAAGAAACCGGAAUUUGUGGAAUGAUGCCAAGUGCUUUCGGCCUUUCAGGUGGAUUUGUAAGCAGGCCCAUGGAUGGGCUGGGUUGUGACAUGCAGGUCCCAGCACCUCAGAAAGCGCCUUAAUUUCCAAGCUAUGGAGUAUGUUUUCCAGCCACCUGCCAAUGAGGGGCCAUUGGCAGGGACGCUUUGUCUUGCUGUGAUAUUUCUGGCUGUGGCAGCGACAGCUGCCCUUAUGCCGCUCAGUGUGGCUGGUUCUGUAAUUUGUAUGUUUCCAGGUCUGUCACUGAAUAAAAUCCUUGGAUCGUGGAGUUAUUGUUUCACAAUCACCCGAUAAAUAAUGAUU